AUGUUGCGCAAAAAAGAAAAGUACACCAUCAUCACGCCGAUCCCUGCAUGCGUGCCCCGCCAACUGGCCCUGGACAUUCUGCACAGUCACGGCGAGAUCAUCACUCUCAACCCACUGGUCCUCUCCUACCAUCCCAUCGCCGCGCCCCGCGACGCUGCCGCCGACGAAUUCUACUUCUCCUGGUACGAGAUCAUCGAGCGGGUCCAGUAUCUCCCCGGUCUGGGCAAAAUUGGCUCCGGCAAGAUCAGCUUCAACGGCUGUUUCCAUAACACCGAGUGGGGUUUGCAAACACACACCUUUGUGCCCCUGGGCAUCGAGAUCAAAAGCCAGUGGCGUCUGGCGGGGUUUCAACCCGGCGAGCCCAACAAAUUCACCGAGUUUCGACAUGAACGCGCGCCCGAGACCGGGCCAUAUCUUCAGGAAGAUAUCGAAAUUCACUGCAACAUCACCCUGGUUUCGUUUGUCAAGAGCCAACUCAAAGCGGCUUCUAAGGUGCUGGUGGAUCGGUUGAUCAAAAAGGCCGAGCUGCUGGAUGCCGGAGUCUUGCAGGGGGUGGUCGAAGAUGGAAGGCUAAAGACGAUCAAUCCGGCCGAUCGGUCCACGGUCGCACGGUCGGACUCGCUGCUGUCCUCGCGAAGAUCUUCGCUGAUGAGUUCAGUGACCUCGUACCAGGUGCCUCGGUCGCCGACAGGCUCUGUUCAUCCGCGGCCGCCCUACUCACCGUCUGGAAGAUCAUAUGCAUCCCCACAGCCGGGUUCAGACAGUAGGCCAGCCUACAUUGCAGAGUUACCGGCUGAUUUUUAUCAUCCGCUACCAUCGCCAGAUGCGCUGGGUGUUCAUCAAGGCCAAAAGUAUGUGGCCGAACUGCCCGUCACGCUGGAAGGUCCCCAAGAAAACAUCCACUCCAAGCAUUCAAUCCCUGAGUUGCCGUCGGGCCCUCAGUAA